CAAAGGAGCGACCCGCAAGAAUUAAACAAACAGCUGAUUCUAGUUGGUUAUUGCGUUGAUUUGGAAAUGGAUUCACUGUAUUUCAACAAACAAAACGACUCUGGCUACCAAUCUCAUGAACCAUCACCAAAUUGUGAUGCAUCUGUUCUAAAAAACAGUAGUACUCCAUUAACUAACCUUGUAGGACAAGACAAAGGAAGUAAUCCUAGGAAAAGGCUUUAUGAUGAUGAAGAGACUGCCGAUCCCGAGCUUGUGGCAAGUCCUGUUAAGAAAUGUUAUACUGAAAACAACAGAAAAAACAGUGACUGUGAUAACUAUGAUGAACAACUUGCUGACAAAAACUGUGAGUUGGUUGACAACCUUGAGUUUGACAAUCUUGAAAAAGAAAAUUAUAAUACGGAAAACAGGCUUCAUCGCCUAAGGGUGGAUAAUAAUCCAUGUAUAUAUGACAUUAUUGCUUUAUUGUAUAACAGGCAACUAUUACAACAACAAUCUCUUCAGGCUGUUUCAGUAAAUCAUGGGCAACUAUCAGAACAACAAUCUCUUCAGGUUGUUUCAGUAGAUCAUGGGCAACUAUCAGAACAAACACCUCUUCAAAUUCAGGUGAAACUGGUUAACACAGCCCGUGAUGCCACAAUGUGUGAAACUAGUGGUAGGGAAACAAUACUGAGCAUGAUAAAACGCAUGCUGGAAAAGUACAGUCUAAAAAAGCCCAUAUCCCUAUUAAUUUUCAAAAACAUACGGACAGGAUCUGCUCUUAAUCUUGGGCUGCCAACUGGCACACUCAAGGAAGAUGAACAGUACCAGUGUAUCUUUAAAGAGAAGUUAGAAUAUAAUACUAGUAAGAUGGUGAGAGAGUUUGAAGUAGAGCGAUAUAGUAAACAAUGGGACACACAAUCUUUUUGUGUGAAGUUUGACAAUGAUAGGGAAUCGAAACCUCAUGUGACUAAAAUGUCUAAAGUCUUAAAUUUAAUAGAAGUCCCUUUUUUCAAAGGGGAGACAUUUUAUGAGGCACUGUGCAGAGAUGGAAGAUUUGAUAUUGAGAAAAAGGAUGGAUCACUAGCUAUUUCACAGUGUGAUUUACAACAAGUAGGUAGCACAGUUAAAGUGCCGAUUGACAAUAAUGCCACUCGCUAUGAUGGCAUGAAAUUUGAGUUUUACCACUCAAAGGCACACAUCAGUCAUAAAGUAGAACCUUUGACAUACCCUCCAUUUUUGAGGAAAAAUGUAUCUUUUCCAGAUUAUUCACUCCCUCAAAAAAGAUUGGCACUGACUUAUGAUCAUCCUGUAACUCCUGUUCAAUCAGAACAGUCACCUGCACAAGGUGGUGCUUCAGCCCCAGACAACAUAGUACAGGGUAGUGAGUCUACCAAAAAGCUAAUUCCUCAUUCUGAUGAGGAGUUGAAAAAUUUCAUUGAAAAUACAUAUGAUAUUAAAAUAACUAAGGAAAAGGCUGAAACAAAAGAGAGUAAGAGGCUCAAAAAAAUUAAUAAGUUUGUCAAAAAUGGUUGUGACCUUUUUGCUCUCAGCCAAAAUUGCCAAUUAGGUGCAUCGAAGGUGAAAAAACUUAGUCAGCUAUGUGAUUCCACUGCUGCAAUAGUGAUUGAACUUACCAGUGGGGUAAAAAUGUUUAGAGGCACCUGUUUCAGAGUGGGCCCCAAGUAUGUCAUUACAAAUGAGCAUGUUUGGAAGUUUAUCAAAGAAAAACAUCAGCAAGGAAUGCUGAAGAAAGUUCAUGUUGAUUUUUUAUACAUGGGCAAUAAUAGCGUUUCUCAGACCAGUUGUACUGUGUCUAGAGUCGUUAUUAAAUCUAAGGAGCUCGAUUAUGUAGUACUUCAGGUCUCUGAACCAAACAAUUGGGAAUUACCAAAGAGUGUAACAUCAUUCUUUACUAUUCCACCAUUUCGUAAAUGUAAUCAAGAGGGUGUGUUUCUCACCUUCAGUGGGCACCCUGAGGGAUCUAAUGAAACUGUCACUGACUGGCUGUGUCCGUUGAAAAGCCCUGACACUCUUGAUAACAGAGUUGUAAUUGGAUUAUCAAUGUAUGACCGGAAUCAACUAAGGGACCCAAGAAGACAGACUUACGAUGUGAGUACGUUCUUUCAUGGUAGCUCUGGGUCACCAGGGGUUUUAAUACAUGAAGGCUACCUAAUGGUUCUUCACUGUAGAGGGUUUUUCUUACAAGAUGAUAAUCAAAGUAAAGUUGAACAGGGAAUUUUAAUGUCUGCCAUAGUAGAAGAUGUUAAGCAAAAACUUGGUGUUGAAAAGGCAGAGGAAUUGUUUGAUCUUCCAACGAACAUGGAAGUUGAUAAUAAUUAAAGUAUUGUUUAAGCUUUCAAGUAUCUGAACUUCCUUAAGUUGAUUUUAUGUAAUUUUAUUAUGUGGGCAGUGGCUAGACUUAGCUUGGAGCCGGUCUAGAAUGGAGACAAAAGGCACCUCCUUCCCUCCACUAGCCUGGGUGUACACCUUGGGCAAGUGUUAGCACACCCUCAGCCUCCCUAACAGGGUUACGGAUUAUCUGAUAUAAAGCAGUACUGUGUACUAGAUCUAUCCUAUUUUUUAGGAAAAUAUGAUUAUAAAAUAAUUAGAUUUUAGAUACAUUCUUGUAUUAAGUGAUGUUAUGAUAUAUUUUUUAGAUCAUUCUUAAUAUUCUAGUUUUUCCUUUUAUGAUGUUGCAUCAUGAAGGUUCAUUUUUUCAAAACUGUAAAUAGCACUGAAUUUCUUAAUUUUAUUGUGAUAGUUCUCAGUGAUUAAUAAAAUGUAACAUCAAGUUAGACUGAAAGUCAUCAAAGAAGAAAAAAAAAGUUUAAUAAAUUUGUUUUCAAAUGUUAAA